AAAUGGCGGCACCCGGGGAAGAUGGAAUUUGAAAAGAAGAAAUGGAUUUCAUGAGAAUUUUUUAGUCUUAAGUCAUUGAUCGAAAAAAUUAUUCCAGCGCAUCAUAAAGUCAUCAUUUACUAUGGAACAGUAAUGACAUUAUCCCCUCCUCCCAAAAAAAGAAAGAUCAUUAGUGUUGGCACUAGUCUUUUAAAAAUCUGGGUUCCAACUGCACAAGGUUUAGAGAAACAACCAAUUGAAAUGGAGGCAGCAUCUGUUGUGAAGUCUGUGAUAUUUGCAGCUAACCAGUACCUCAACCAUAAGGCAGACAAAAAUUGUUUUUACCUUCAACAGCAGCUUGAGAUUUUAAUAGGAAUUACCGUUCCACAUUCUGGGAAGAGUUUGAAGUUUUUCAAUCCAAAAAACUUGCAGCCAACAGAAUGUUUGACGACAGUCAUAGAUAUCUUGUGUGACCCUCACACCAAGCCCUCACUACUGAUGAGUUGUAUUACACUUCUUCAGAAUCUUGCCACAGAUGAUGAGAUCAGACAAUGUUUACAUGAUGCGUUCCAUUUGACACCUGCCCUGGCGGGGAUUCUUAAAACACAGGGUACAGCUGGGGACAUACUCUCCACAGAGUGUCUGAGCCUGCUCCAGAAGGUGACCUAUGGACACAAAAUGAACUUCCAGGAAAGUUACAUGGAGGACUUAAUAACAUUCACUGUUAAACAAAUACACGGGCCUGUCCUAGAACUCACCCUCCCCUGUCUAGGACUGCUGGUCAAUCUCUGCCGGGACAACUUUGCUGUGCAAUCAUACCUUAAAAACUCUGAAAACAUUAAAGCCCUGUAUAAAGUGUUGGUGUCGUAUCUGUCUGACCAAAACCUCACGGUCAUCAUUUUGUCCUUGUCAAUCAUCACCAGUUUGUCUCUACAGGAGGACCUGGGUGGUAAGAUUCUGAAUGCUAAGAACAUCAACCAGACAUUUCAGAUGAUCUUCAACAUUCUGAUGAAGAGUGACACGGGUGUAACACGAGGGUAUGCUGUUGACCUGUUUCGGGAUCUCCUACGCAAUCCUAAGAUACAGCAGUCUUUGUCAAGAUUUGACAGGUUGGGAUCUUGUCUGGAAAAUAUUUUAAAUCUCAUAGCAGCCAGUACACCUGAGUCAGUAAUUAAGGUGUUUGAGCUUUUACUGUUGUUUUGCCGCGUUGAAGGACUGAGGAGUACAAUCUGUAAGUGUGUCCUGGCCACGUCUCCACUCCACGACAAUGAGUACGUGACACAGUCCCUUCGACAGCCAGUCUCUGAGGUGAAGGAGCCACUGAUUGCCGCAGUCCAUUGGGCUGGUCAGUCCACCGACUCUCACAAUAAGGCUCCCCUGUAUGCACUGGACUUCCUCACCGAGUUCUAUGAGGAACUGAUCUACUCCAACACGAGGGUACAUUACUCGAUCCACGCAGAUCUCGUCCUUCCCACCGUGCUGCAUGGCCUACAAGACCCGCCCGACCGUGAACAUGCAGAGUCACGCAGGAAGUGCUGUAAGAUGGUGAAGGUCAUACAGCUCCUCACAGUGUUCGCUGGUGAGGAGGAUACCAAGAAGAAGCUGUGUAAGAUGGUAGACAUGAGCCUGUUCUCGGGUCUGCUGGAACACCAGUUUACCUACAAUAGGGUGGCGCUUCGCUGUAACAAAGUGGUCUCCCCUGAUGAGGAUUGGAGUGAGUAUGGUGUAGACGUUGUGUUAUGUGGAUUGGAGCUAAUGGAGAAGCUGAAGAGAAGUCUUCCUGAUGUGGACGCACUCUUCUGUUCCACAUUACAGGACAGUCGCCUGGUACCAUUUCUGUCGGCGGGGAUGACCAGUCCAGAUCGGUCACGGGUCCAGACAGCUCUUCAAAUGAUCACCACAGCCUCGACCCUAGACAGCUUCCCAGUUGUACUAUUGGGAGAUACUAUAGCUGCUAAUAACACCCGUCAACAUGAGCGUCUCACUGCCAGUCCAACAUUGGGGUGGCAACAGGUGGAGCCUAAACCUCUGGCUGUAACACAGUACCGUAACAAGGAAAAUAUGCCCCUAGGCAACCACUGUCAGAAACAGGAUCCCAUGAACCAGGACGCCUCCAUCAACUCCAUUAUAGAGAGGAUGCAGUCAGGACUACAGACCUAUUUUCAAGGCCAUGUUAAUAUGAACGAGAUCAAGGCGUCCGAGAUCAUUGAUAUCUACGAACACAAGCUUCAGUCCCUACAGACCAAGGAGGACCAGCUACAGGACUUACUGGAUGCUAAGGCCCUAGCUUUGUCUCAGGCUGACCGACUCAUCGCUCAGUACAGGUCUCGCCGGGCGCAGUAUGAGGCUGAGGCACACAAGAUGAGGUCCAUGGUUCAGGAUUCGGAGAGGAGAAGUGAACAGUACCGUGAACAGUUGAAUGAUGUCAUGCUGAAAGGGGAACACCUACAGAACGAGCUGGAACAGGUCAACCAGGAAAAACACAAACUUGAAGAAGUGGCGACUGAACACAAACGGCUUACAGUGGCCUACAUGGAGCUGUCAGAGAAGUAUGAAAGUUCUGAGAAGUCGUUACUCUGUCUAAAACAGGAACACAAGACGCUGAUGGAGAUGCAUGAAAUGUUAAAUAAACACAACGAAUCAUUAAAACACCAGCAUGAUGUGGCCUCGGAACAGCUAUCCAAACUCUCCAAACAGCUUAUGGAGAAGGCGUCGGAGCUCACUCAAACUCAGCUACUACUAGAGGAAGAUCACACUAAAGCCAAGAAGGAACAAGAGAAACUUGAGGACUGUUUAGAUAAAAUAAGGGCAAACCUGGAUAGUACAGAUAAAAUCAAAAAGAAACUCGAACAAAAGGUGGUCACACUGGAGAAGACGGUGCAACAGACCGAAGAAGAACUUAGGGAGAAAACUGAAGUUGUGCGUGAGCUGAAAUCCAAUGUGGACAAACAUAACCAGAUAGCAGCACUCAUACACAGCCUUAGUAGUGGCAAAAGUGACAACGAGUCCAUGAAAUCAUGAAAAAGGACGACAAUUUCACAGCUUUUAUUAUUACAGGGGUCACACAUGUACAGGGCUGUUGUUACUCCAUUGUUCUAGCACAUUUGUGUUGCUAGGUAAAAUCUAUUUUCACAAAUUGACCUGACCUAAGACUGUCCUAUAAAAUGUUUAAAGUCAAAAUACUUAUAGGUUUAUUUAUUCAUCAUGUUAUCCUCAGUCACAAUGAAAUUAGAUAUAAGCAUCUCCACAGAACACAAUAUAUACAAGACCUGUAUUAUUUGUUUUCACAAUAGAGACUAACAUUUUACGACACAUGUUAAACUACACCAGGGAAACAUUUGUUUUGGAGCGUUGUAGAAUAGUUAUAUCUUAUGAGACUGAUUAAAAUGUACUCCUGUAUAUUGUAUUUACUGGUAGUGCAAACCCUUAGGUUCAGUUUAAGAUUUUCAGUAGAAUUUAUUGGAGUCAAUUAACUUCACAUUUCAAAUAAGACCGUAGCAUUAGAGAUACAAAUGUAUCAAAGUUUUACUUUAUAGUUAUACACAAAACAAUGUACUUAUCAAAUAUGUCGCAAUGUUUCAGGACCGACUGGUCCAUUUGUCAAGCUUUGACUGAGAGAGCAAUCUGCUUAUAACCUACCAGUAACCAAUUAGACACAGUGUGAUUAUACACUCUCUAUUGAUAGGCGAAACAUCCCAGGUCGACGUGUGACAUAUGAAAUAUACAAUUUUGUCACAUCGUUGUACAGGUAAACAAUACAAAUCGCUCACUCGGUCAUAGCUUAACAAAGGGACCAGUAGGUCUUGAAAUGUUGCGACACGUUUGAUAUGUACAUUGCUUGUGUAUAAAGUAAAACUUUGAUAUUACAUAUUUCCAAACUGGUGAAUCUGAUUGAACAUAGCAUUAGCUGGUAAAUGUUAGACUUCUUUAUCAAUUUAACAUGUCCCAAACAUUUCAUUAAUCACUACCGAAUGCAGCCCACAGUGGCAGACUCACGAUAUGGAAUCAUCUUUUGCCUGGUAACAGGUCACUGGUCCAAUGAAUGCCUGUCCUUUGUUAUCAACAGUUGUAGCCGUUGUAAAAGAGUGAUUUAAUUUUGUCGUCUAAUUCAAUUUUUAUUAACAGAUUACUACAGGACCAUUUUCAUUUAUUUAACUCCGCAAAUUUUUGAAUUCGUUUUAUUUCAUGACGUAAAAAUCAUGGUUUCAUAUAUUAAAUUGCAUAAAUCAACAGACAAAAUCAUUUGUAUGCUGUUGUUAACCCUUAAUGCCUUAUCUAACAUCUCUGAUUAGGAAAUCAGGACGGUGGUCUAAUAAAGUUUUAAUAAAAUUAGAUUGACGUGUGUAGGGACAGACAUGAUCAAAGCCUAGGAAGAGACUUUGGUGUGUGGUUAUAAACUAGUAGGACCCUCUUGAGCCAUUAAGCUGAUAUUUAUCUUGGCGUCUGAGUUUUGUUCAGAGCUGUUAAAGUCAAGAGCACCAAGUUCUAUGUCAAAUCAAAAUAAUUUCUUAGAUCAUCAGUUCAAUUGAAAAAAUGUUGCUCAAUGAUUAUGUCAAUAGUCAAAAAUGUUGCUGGGAAAAUCUGACUCUCUCGAAGUACCAGACCUGCAAAUUUCUUUCUUUCAAACUAUGUUUCUUUUUCUCUCAGACUUAUCUCUUCCGUUUCCCCUUUUCUGAAAUAAUCCAAUGCUGAUUAUUGUAAAUAAUACAGUGUACAAUGCCAAUGUUGUUUGUGAAAAUAUCAUGCAUCGUGAAUUUGUAAAAAGUUUAUUGUAAUUGCAUCAAGGACUGCACUUUGUUGUUUUAAUACUUAAGUAACAUUUUGGUGAUUUUACAUUAAUAUUAAUCUGUAUUGCCAAAUGCCUUUUUCUUUUUAAGUUUUUGCCAUUUUGUACAAAACUGAAGUACAUGGUGUUUUUAAAACAAUGUGUUUUGUACACAAUUGAAGGUAUUAAGAGAAAUGUAGAAUUAUUUACUUUUGUAUUCUCAAUGAAACAUGUCAUUAAACUAAUUUCUGUAUCAAUA